UCCUUUGUCUUGUCAUUUUGUUGGAGCUCGCCAUCUGCUCUGUUAUUACAGGAGGCGGCUUUGGAUUUAAAGUAGCACCACCUCUGUUGGUCCCUUUCGCCCGGGAUUUAGUCUCAGUGGCUCUGCCCAAACAUACCCCCCUCAAGGCUGCAUUUCUUCUAGACUCCAAACGGUGCACCUCUGGGACUUUUUUGUUGUUUGUUUGAUCCCAGCUGGUCCUAAAGUUAUACCUACUCCGUGUUUUUGAAACUAACGCGUGUGGGUGCCAUGUGACGUCAGCGUCCCAGCAAGUGUCCCAGUUUUUUUGGGUUUUUUUUGGAAGCAAGCUGCGGAAAGAAAUCAAACGGGAUGCUUUUCAGCCCGAGUGUGGUCCGCUGGAAACACCGCUCGGACUUUCUGACCGGAGCUCGGGAGCAGAUGUGAAAGUGUGUGUCUUUACGGGACCAUGUUACGCCGGGCGGCGGUGUUGAAAAGAGCCGACGAUGAAAACGUGGACUCCGGAGCUGAAACUGCCGAAUCAGACUGCAGCAGGAUGUCAUCGUCUGGCAUCGACCUCGUGACCAGGCGGGUCAGACAGCAGCGGUGGCAGCAGCUCCUGCUAAUGCACUUGCAUCUGCUUGCUAACCCUGGAGAUUCCCUGCUGUUGCAGCACACCCUGGACCGCCUGCUGCGCUGGCUCUGCCCGAGCCUCCGCAUCUUCCACGUGUCAGAGAGGGCCUCACCAUUCCGAACUUACCCCCGCCCCUGUCCUGUGGCUGGCUACCCUUCUCUGGCAAUCACUUUCUUCCUGCACGAGGCCUAUGGAGAGGAGCGAAUCCUCAAAGUGCUGGACUUCUUCCAGCGGCCUCCCUGGCACUAUCACCACACUGAGAGCUGCGGCAGCCGAACUGGAGGGAUCCACAUUACUUCCACCAGCUCGCCCUCCAAUGCCCUGCUGCGGCCCUACCUCCUGCCCAGCAGAGACUUCUAUAGCCUGGGCGCGGGGAUGCCUGUGUGGGGGGUUCGACCAGUGCACUGCGGGGGAGAGAUACUGCGUGUGACGCUGUACAGCGCGUAUGACAAUUAUGAGGAUGCUGUGCGUCUCUAUGAGACGGUGCUGCAGCGACAGGCAGAGGAGCAGAAGGCAGGCUUCUGCUGGUUCACCCUGCACAUGGAGCCCGGGCUGUGCCUUCAGCUGGCUUUAAAGCAACUGUCACCAGGGGUUCGGGUGGAGCCAUGCAGCUCUGCUGUGUUACAGUUUAGUGUGGAAGAAAUUGGCCAACUGGUUCCACUGCUUCCUAACCCGUGUACUCCCAUCAGUGCUACACGCUGGCAGACUGAAGAUCUGGACGGCAAUAAGGUUCUCUUUCAGGUGAAAACAGCACAACCUCAACGACCUCUGACCUGUGCUUUCCCCCUGACUGGCCCAAGCAUGUCUCCUCGAGGAAUGCAGCUCAGCAGCUCAGGACACAGCCUGUCACCCUGCAGCCUUACAUCUCCCCUGUCUGGGCAAACGCACAGGCAAGCUCAGAGACCGCGCAGUGACCCCGUCUUAGAAAAGCUUCAUGGAGGAAGUGGUGGAGCAGAGAGCCUGGGAUCAGGAAGCUGCUGUAGCACCCCUCCUGGCAGCUCCUGUUACUCAUCCCAGCGCAGCAGCCCUGCACCGCUCUCAACCUCCAAUCACCCGGACUCUCCUCUGCGCCCCUCCAUCGCCCACUCACUUUCCCAUCGCCUCCUGGAAGAGGAUGAGGAAGAGCCGGAGACGAAUGUCGACACAGGAGCACCUGUCUCACCUCGCUCAGACACAGUGGUCAAAGUGAUGGCUCGCUCCUCCUCAGUAGACUUUUUGGUGACUUUCCAGUCAGAGAGACCCGCAGCAGUUGGGGCGUCAGCUGUCGAGGACCUGGCCAAGGAGUUGAGCGAUUGUUUGCCAGGGACACACACAAACCUGCAGGGGCCGCCUGGGACAUGGGGUUCUGAUGGUGGCACAGAUGCAGGCAGGACCGUGCCAAGCCCCUCCAACAGGUCGCUGGUGGAGAACAGGACUGCUGCUGAGCCAGCACACACAAACGGUGAGGAACCGCUGGAUGAGUUCUUCAUCUAAAUUCCUGCCACCACAUCAUGAGCAGUGGUAAUAAUUACAGUGCAGACAGACGAACAACGGGGACUCUGGAAUACAAAGGACGCCAAAGCACUGCCGCAUGUGACACAUAACAUCCAGAGACAUCUGCAUUUUUAAAAAAGUUUGGCUUGUCUUGUUUUGUCAAGAUGGUGCAGGGAAGAAAUAAUAGAUGAAUGUCUAAAGUAGUUUUAUACCUAGGGUGCAGCUAAUGAUUUGUGCAGCUGUUGUAGCCCAGUGAAUAGAAAUCAGAGUUUUGUAUUUAAGUGAUACUGAAGGCAGACUAGAUUUCUGUCUCAUCACUCAGCUAGGAAACUUUUUUUUUAUUACCUUUGAACAAAUUAAGAUGAUCUUAGAACUAAGGCUCUCUUUGAUGUUCCUGCUGAUUGUGAUUAGAAAGCUGAUUUAGUCUGCUAUUAGGCCUCACAAAGCAAAAGUCUAAACUUGUGGCUUUUAACACAUGUGUUUAAAGGGACUUCAAAUAAUUCUUGCUCCAGUAUUUACUUGUCAAAAUGGAUAAGCAGCGGACUGAACCGGGCCAUGUUACUGUAUUGAAGAGGACUGAAUUUUCUCACGUGAAUGAACCUGGCACCUCGGAAAUGCUCAUUACUGUAAGGUCACAGUAAGCUGAGGGAUCAGCAGGAACUUGAGGGAAAACAUGAUGAAUUGGACUGAUCAUUUAAACAGUGAUCAUGAUCAGCACGGCUGUUUGAAGGCAAAAGAUGUUACAUGAAGGAAAAAAAUCCUAAUAACAAAUGUUACAAUUCAGGUCAAACUAGUCUCUUACUUAUUUUUCUUUCAUCUUUUUUUCCGUUUAAUUGUGAUCAAGGACUUUCUUAAUUUAACCUAACAGAUAAAUUGGAGUCUGUUUUUUUUUUUUUUUUUGGCUUGUGCUUUAUGAGGUCAGUGCCUGUUUAAAUGCGUGUAAUUAAAGGGUAGGAGUUGCUCCCGCUGGGCUGCUCUGUGUGGGCAAGCGAGGCAGCUCAAAGAUGUCAAAGUGUUUAACUGUUUACUGGAAAUAAGUGUUACUGGAAGAAAGCGAGUACUGUAAGCAAGUAGUGUGCAAAGUGUUCAGUGAUUUAGGCUAAAAGAGAAAUGACUAAAAGAAUAAAACGGCUCUGUUGUUGUGU